GAUCAGUAUAAAUACAAUUGGCAUUUGGUUCAGUUAUUAUACGAGAGAAAAAUAUGAAACUCUUUGUGGCUCUAUUGGCGCUUGUUGCGUGCGCAAAUGCCGCUGCUGUGGGCGACUCGAUUGACACCAGAUCAAUCUCCAGCACAGUGGUUGAUGUCAUUGAGGGCAUGAAGGAGCAGAUGCCUUGUGGCUUCCCCGGCCUGGGCAUCCCGCCAAUUGCUCCGCUUCGCAUCGAUCACCAGAACAUCGAUAUCGAUACGGAUGCACUGAAAAUGAAGGGCAGCGUCGAGCAUUUCCGUCUCAAUGGCCUGAACGACUUUGAUAUCGAGGAGAUGAAGGUGAAUGCCAUCGCCAGCAAAGUGAACUUCAAAUUCAAUUUCCGCGACGUCAAUGUGGACACUAUCUACGACAUUGAUAUGCAGCUGAAGAAAUAUGGCUUCACCAUCAAGAUGAUUGGCGCUGGUCAUGCCAAAUUCGCUAUCAAGGAUAUGUCUAUCUGGGGCAGCUUGAAAUACUCUCUGGGUGUGCUCAACGGCAAGCUGAAGCUGAAGACUCUCGAUGUGCGCACUCACUUGGGCUCUGUUGAGUCCGAGAUCGAGGGCAUGCUCGGCGAUGGCACCGUUAACGAGAAGAUGAACGAUUAUCUGGCCGAGGCCGUUGAGAUGGUCAUCAAUGAGAACGAGGAUCUGAUUGCCGAGACCAUUGAGAGUGUUGCUCUGCCCGCAGUGAACAGCGUUCUGGACGAUGUCAGCAUCACCGAUAUCAUCAAUAGCGACGGUGAGGGCGGUGAGAAGGAGGUCUGCAUUCCCCCAGAGCUGGACUAGUAAACAAUAUGUGAAAAGCUUCGUAUUUGAUUAAACCCUUCUUUGUAA